CGGUCGUCACAGCGCAUCCGACGAACUGGCGAAGCAGUCAGAGUCGAAAAGAACCAAUGUGGGAAGAGGCCGCACCGCUGCGACAGUCGUGAAGAACAAGGGAAUCGUCGUGUACCACAAUCGCGCGCUAAAUUUGAGAUGUAUCGGAACAGUAGAUACAAUUCAACGAUAACUGCCGUGACACCCGUUGUGAUCACGUAGAGAAAUAUAGGCCAAUACUGUGCCAAA